AUGAGAGAAAUUAGCUUUGGGCAACGAAAAAUACACCUGAUUGACCCUCGUCUACUCCCUGGAGGAAUGCAUACAUCAAUAAACCGACAUCAACACCGCCAGCCAACCCAUCUACAAACAAUACUCUUCUCCCGGGUCCUAAAAAUAAUAAUAUAUUUCCUACUUCUACUUCUCCCCAAUGCAAUAUCUGCCACCGAAACGACUGUCAUCGUCACCGUUACGGAAUCGGCCACGGCCACAACAACAGCAACCACAACGACGACCCCCAAAGUCCCCCAAGACCCUUCUUACACAUCCCCAAGACAGUUCAGAUCCUCUAUCCUCAGAACCACAAACGCCUACCGCGCUGCGCAUAACGCCUCAAAUCUCAGCUGGAAUGAGACGCUUGCGGACUAUGCCAAAGACUGGGCGAAGGGGUGUAAGUGGAAGCACUCUUCCGGCCCGUAUGGCGAAAACCUUGCAUACGGUUACAAAAAGGCCUCCUCCGCAGUGACGGCAUGGGGUGACGAAGCAGCACUUUAUGAUUUUUCCAAGCCAACGGGAUUCACCGAGGAGACGGGACAUUUUACACAGCUUGUUUGGAAGAGUACGAGAGAGGUCGGGUGCGCUGCUGUUGAUUGUGGAUUGACGGAUCUGGACGAUGACGAGAAAGAAAGAGCGCAGGGGUGGUAUGUUGUUUGCGAGUAUAUGCCUGCAGGGAAUGUGGUUGGAGCAGAUGACGGGCUGGAGUAUUUCCGAGUAAAUGUGCAGGAGGGAAGCGAGGAUUCUGAUUCAAGUUCCGAGGAUGAUUCUGAGCACGGAGACGGGGGUGAGGGAAGCGAUGUUUCCGAUUUUGGGAAUAGAGCUAGUCGUGGGUUGGUGGAGUGGAGUAAAGAGCGUGUUGCAUGUCCCAGACGACCACCCCCAAACUAG